CUUUUUAUUAUUACCUUAUCUACAGCAAAACUGAAGUGAAUAGGCGGUAUAGUAGCAGUAAGUAUGAGACAGGCAGCGCAUCUUCAACUCAAGAAAGUUUUUUUUGUUGUUGUUGCUAAACUGAAAUUUGAUAUUUAUGUGAACACUCACAGUCUCAAGAACAUCGAUCCCAAGCUGUCAAACGUUGGAACUUUCUUUCAAUUAUUUUUCUUAGCCUCUCAUGUUUAGGAUCAAGGCAGCUGAGCUAAAGAAGCCAGUUCGCUUUCUCCCGCUGGUAAAACCUGCCUCCACAUGUCAUUGUAAUGGCAUGGCAGUGAAAUUUCAGCACUCAGCCUGUAUGUUCACAGAGCUCUUUGGCUUGUCUGAGUAUUUCUGCGUGAAUCCAACAUUUCUCAAGGCAUAUCACAAGGACUGCGAUGUGUCACUGGACUCUGUUCUCCUUGGUUGCACUCUUUGGAUUAACUUUUGAUGCAGGGCUUGGCAGGGUGGCUGCAGGGGUGAGCCAUCAGUGUGAGAACCAGGCUUGUAACCCCCAUAUGGGGAACCUGGCCUUGGGCAGGAAGCUACUCACCGAGUCGGUGUGCGGACACAACUCCACCGAACUCUACUGCUCUUACACAGAAAAUGCAGACAGGUCCUGCAGGCCGCCCAAGUGUGGGAAAUGUAAUGCGGCACACCAUCAGCACUCCCACCUGCCCGCAGCCAUGACAGACUCCUCGUUCCGCUUCCCCAACACGUGGUGGCAGUCUGCAGAGGGCGUGCAGCGGGAGACCAUCCAGCUGGACCUGGGGACAGAGUUCUACUUCACCCACAUGAUCAUGGUGUUCAAGUCCCCCCGGCCAGCCGCCAUGUUGCUGGAGAGAUCACAAGACUUCGGGAAGACUUGGAGGCCUUGCAAAUACUACGCCACCAACUGCAACGAAACAUUCGGCUUGGGGGAUGACACUGAACAGGACGGGGCCCUCUGCACUACCAAAUACUCUGGAGCUUUCCCCUGCACACGAGGAGAGGUUAUAUACCGGGCCCUGUCACCCUUGCAUUCAGCAGUGGAUCCUUACAGUGCAGAAUCCCAGGACCAGCUGAAGGUGACCAACAUUCGAGUGCAGCUCCUGAAGAGGCAGCAGUGCCCGUGUCUGGGUAAAGACCCAGCCACCAAACCACAGCACCUGGCGCACUACGCGGUCUACCAUUUCAUUGUGAAGGGCAGCUGUUUCUGCAAUGGCCAUGCUGAGCAUUGCGUAACAGUGGAUGGGUAUCGCUCAGUCAGGGAAAGGACACAUCAUAUGGUCCAUGGAAAGUGCAUUUGCAAGCACAAUACAGCAGGUGACCAUUGUCAGCUCUGCACACCACUUUACAAUGACCAGCCCUGGCAACCUGCUGACGGCAUAACCGGGGACCCCCAUGAAUGUAAGAAGUGCAAAUGCAAUGGGCACGCAGACAGCUGCCACUUCGAGCAUGGCGUGUGGUUGGCGUCAGGGAAGCACAGCGGAGGAGUGUGUGACCAUUGCCAACACAACACAGAGGGGCAGCACUGCCAGAGAUGCAAGACUGGCUUCUACAGAGAUCCCCUCAGACCCUUCUCUGCUCCAGAUUCCUGCAAACCUUGUGCCUGCCAUCCUGUUGGUUCUGUACCAUAUCAACUCAGUGCCUUCUCCCUUUGUGACCCGAGCAACGGGGAGUGUGUCUGUAAGCCCGGAGUCGGGGGCCCACACUGUGACAAGUGCAUGGUGGGAUAUUGGGGCUUUGGAGAAUACGGCUGCCGACCGUGUGACUGUGCUGGGAGCUGUGAUCCAUUCACUGGGGACUGCAUUAGCAGCAGUUCUGAUGUAGACUGGUACCACAAGAGUGACUAUCUCUCCCAGCACAAUGAGACUGAGCCUGUGUGGGACUGGGUGGAUGAACAAGGCUUCUCAGCUCUCCGGCAUUCAGGUAAAUGUGAAUGUAAAGAGCAGGUCUUGGGAAACCCCAAGAUAUUCUGUGCUAUGAAGUAUACCUACGUCCUGAAAAUAAAGAUCCUCUCAGCUCAUGACAAAGGCUCACAUGUAGAAGUAAACGUCAAGGUCAAAAAGGUAUUAAAACCCACAAAAAUGAAGAUCGUUGAUGGGAGAUUGACACUGUACCCUGAAUCCUGGACAACCCGAGGCUGCACAUGUCCAAUUCUAAACCCCGGGAUGGAAUACCUGGUGGCAGGACAUAUGGAUCGGAGGAUGGGUCGACUGAUUGUCAACAUGAAAAGUUUUGUCAAACCCUGGAAACCAGACCUUGGGAGAAAAGUAAUGCAGUUUUUGAAGACUGACUGCAAGUGGUAAAUUUAAGGUGAAGAACAGAUUUGUAUUCUGUGCACUAAGUGGGUUUAACUGAUGAGUGAACACCCAAGAAGCAAAAUUGAAUUAAAGUGCCAUAAAAAAUAGGUACUGAGGUACGAUAGGACUUGGGCUCGUACUCAAACCAAAGCUGGCAAUAUUUCCUGCAUACCUAAUUUCAUUCUCUAAAGCACUUUACUACCUAAAGACUAUGGGAUUAGAUGCUUCUUAAAAACAAAAUUUAAAAAAUGAGCAAUGUUGCAGAGAAUGGCCCUGCUUCACCGGGACAUACAUGGAAAAGUCCAUUAAUGAAGUUUGAAGUGGAAGAUUGUACUUCUCCAAUCUCUGCACACUCGUUGUUUGAUUGUUGCUGUUAUGGGGAUGUACUCUUAAUGAAUCUUGAAGGUUUUUGUCUGACUGAAUAAUGCAAAGGUGGGGUCAAAAAUGAAAAUGUAUUUUUCUUUAUGGUUUUUACAUUGAAUAUGCUUGUGCUGAUGCAUUAUUUGAGGAAAGAUAUAUCCCAUAAUGCACACACACUACGCUUAGCUAUUCUGAGAACAUACUGCAUCUUAAUGAUUGAUAGCUCACUGUAUUCCAGAAGGUAAAAGAAUUGUUGGACAAUAGCUCCUUUGUGUUCAGAUCAAAUAGCCAUAACAAGCCAUUGCUUGAACAUUAUUUUAAAAUAAUUUUGCGUAAUGUAUACUUAAAUAGUAAGAAGCAGGGUUCCAAAAAAUAUAGCGUAAUACAUCCUCACAUGUUGCUACAACUGUUUAAAUAACGUACCUGUCAUUUUUCUUUUCAUUGUUAACAUACUGACAACUUUUUACUCUUAUAACUUUAAAGUCUGUUUCAAAGCUCUUUUCAGAAUGUCUGCUCUAGUGCACUGGGGUUUGAGAUCUGUCCUUUAAAUCACUGCAGGUAGAGGGAUAAAAAAAACAUAAGUGCUCUGGCUUUUCUGUUUCGUACCACAUUAUGGAUCAAUAUUGCUGUGUUACCUGUUUGACAAUGUGGGCAAUAAUCCUUACACUAUCAGUACACUAGAGCCAACAUUUUGAAAAGACAUUUGAAACAGACUUUACAGUUGUAAGUGUAAAAAGUUGUCAGUGUGUAACAAUGAAAAUAAAAAUUACAGGUACGUUACUUAAACAGUUGUAGCAUCACGUGGGGACGUGUAACGUUAUAUUUUUCAGAACCCCACUACUUACUCUUUAAGUUAACAGGAAAGAAUGACAGUGUUCCAAAAUGAACUUUAUUUUUCAAGGGACCCUACACACAGCCUUAACUCAUUAGUUAUUUAAAUAAUGUUUUUUAAGAUUAUUUUGAGAAAAGUUUGAAGUUCAUGUAACUUUUUAACCGUUGUUGGUGUGUUUAGCAAAAAUCUAGAACAGUUUCUUAUAUACCAAACUUUAAUUCUGAAAAACGUAUGCGUUAAAGCUCUUUGAAUAGGGACCAUUAUUUCAUAAAGUUGUAUGUAUGUAUGUAUGUAUAUAUGUAUGUAUGCACUUACUUAGAGGUCCUGACAACUACUUUUUAUAUGUUCAUGUACAGUAUGUAAUAAAAAUGUAAAAUUGAUUUAAUUCUGAAAUGAGGUUUCACUAACAGCUGUUUCAACUGCAAAUGUCUUAUGCAUCAUUUCAGAUGCCAGCUUCAUAUUUUAGUGUUAUGAAAACUCCUCUAGCAAAAUAUAAUUUUACCCUUCAUACUGGGGUCAGUUGUUUUCUUUCAUCUUCUGUCAGGUACAAUGUUUUGUGUCAGUAAUUUUACAAAACUGUCGCCAUGUAAAAGAGUCACAUAUCAGACACGAUUUGAGGUUGUGUCUUUUUAUUUGAAUGGUUGUAUAAACUCUGUAUCCUAAUGUGAUGAUGGCCAUGACUGACCUCUGAUCUAAUAUACCUGCCAUAUUGAGGACUUUUCUUGGGUAUAGAGGCAGUUAAUAUUUAGUACAAAGCUGUAUUCUAUGAUUGUAUUAAUUAAGUUUCAUUACUGGUGUUGUUCAGUUAAAAUGUACUGUUUCGCUAACAUGUCGUUUUAAUGUGUGGCCAUAUCAGUGAUUCACAUCUUGUUCAUCUACUUCAUUUUUACAAAGCAUUUGAUUACAGAUGCCAAUUCCCUUUUCAUUACACCCCCAGGGGAGCCUUGUCUUCGUUGAUGAAAAACUUAAUUUACUUGAAUUGUGGAGUUCUGCAACUUUAGAAUCUGAGCACAGUAUUGUAAAUGUCACCAUAGCCACCUUUCGUAACAAGGUCUGAAUCAUGUACUUGCAUAUAUCAACAUCAACAAUUAAACACUUGCUGAUCAGGGUAAAGGUACUAGUCUUGAUAAGAUGCAGACUUUUCAUUUUUAUUUCAGGCAUUCUAGAUCUAAGGCUGGUGAAAAUAACACCACAGUUAUAACCCCGAAGCUCACCUUGACUCACCCUGUUGGUCUUGGUCUGUUUAUGGAAAUAUACAUAAUGUUCUGUGUACUAUAAAGAAAACUCAUAGUCAGUUUUUAAACUGUUUUCAACAUUCACAAAAGGCACAAAUAUAGUAGCAAAGGAGUAGUCAUGAACAGCAGCAGUCAAACAAAGUUAACAUGGUUGAAAGUGCAAGCUAUGCCCAGAACAAACAGAAGUGUAUUCAUUCAGGUCUGUUAAAAAAAGAAAAUUUAAGUUAAUCUUGGGUGUAACUCCAAAAAUAAAACCUGUUCCAUUUUUAGGUUCACAUUCAACUGCUUUAGAAUAUGCAUUUUACAGUGCUGACAUUACAUAUUACCAGAUUAUACUCUUUAUAAGGCAAUGCUGAAAACAGGAUGUCCUUCAGUAAAAGAUAACAUGUGGCCUAGUCUUUGUUUUUGACAUUUUUGGUUUCUGAAAAUAAACCUUAUAAAUAGGAAAAGGACCUUGGAAAUGUUGCAGCUUUAGAGGCUCAUGGAUGUUAAUACGUAGAAAUUGUAGCUAAAACCCAACCCAGGAGGUUACAUGUUUUAUCAGAGGGCAUUACAAUUCAGUUCCAGAAUUGGUUUGUUUGGUUAUCAAAUCCAUGAUUCUUAUCUGUUAAAUAUUAUAGAAAUUCUGGGAAAACAUUAACUGGGAAGAAUCAUAGAUGAGAAUGAAGUGACAUGUCAGUGCUCUAAAAUAUUCCAAUAAGUGGUACUCAUAUAGCUUCUGAGGUUAUGCACUUUGGUGUUGACAUGGACCUUACACCCAGGGUCAAAGCUGCAGGCAUUUAAUUCUCCCAUAUAUUGAUGUUCUGCUAGACGAGAAGUUAGACACAGAGACAACAACUUGACAGUGAAAAAUGGUAUGGUGCCAUCUGUUUGAGAGCUGUGAAGCACAGAACAUUGAUGCAGUUAAAAAGAUCAAUGUUCCUUGACUAACAAGAGCAAACUUUAUGAGCGCAAUAAUGAUUGUAGCAAAAUCACAACCCAGCAGUAUAUUCUGACUGAACACAACAGGAAAGAAUGGUCAAGGUUAUGCUUUAACUUUGUUUUUUGCAUAACACAAGUUGCAAGGAGAUUAAACCAAUUAUUUUAAAUCGCUUCAUUAACAUUACUGAUCCCCCUUGAGAAUAUUGUAGUUUAUCACACAGAUUCUGGUUCUUAAUCAAAGAUAUACAAGCAUUUAAAACACAGGCACUGCAACUUGGUAGUUUUGCUGUAGGUUACACGGUGUGGCAGAUGAUAGCACAUUGGAAUGAGUUUGAACAUGGGGUGCUUAAGUACCAGUAAACUACAGAAGCUUGGUAGAGCAGGGCAAUUGACUAUUCCCUGACCCCUAGCGGACUUCAGCCCACAUCACAAAAUCAUCUUGCUCUUGCUGGAGUGUUCAGGUCAGGACUGAGGUGCAUUCACUGGGCUGUUACAGACAGCUUUGUUGAAUUUUUAUGCAAAUCAAAAGGCAGUUUUUAUUUCCGCAUACUGUACUUGAAUUAUUUCCAAGUUGAGUCAGGCAUUAAACUGAUAUAUGAAAAUGUGUUGCUGAUUACACCAGUUGUAUACAGGAUCUAUGGAAUAAUUAGUCUCACUGAAACACAGAACUACUUUUCAUGAAUAGGAUUUUUAAUGUUUUAUUUUUUAAAUAGAAAUUUAUAAUAAAUAUAAAGGGAUAAUGCAUUUUUUUUAAAUAUUAAAACGCAAAAAGGAUAUUCUGCUUAAAAAACAUUGUCCUUAAAAUGAAUUCAAAUGAAUUUUUUUCUAUUAUCUUAAUCUUAACACAGAAAAAAAGCUUCCUUUCAUUGAAUCCCAUCGCCUAUCAUUAAUGAAGUAACAGCCAUGCAUUAUGUUAGACAAUACGCUGUCUGUGUGCUAUAUAAUUGGGUUAUUGCUUUUGUUCAGCUCGCAUUCCUCUGUUUUUAUUGCAUUGCAGUUUUCACUUUGCGUUUACAAUGCCUGCGUUGAGCAGUUUGGCCCGUUCUCAGAGGCGUGGUGUGACUGAAAGGAAAAUAAACUCUAUCUACUCAUGCA